AUGCGUAUGAAAUACCAGGGCACGAUUCAGGUAAAGACGAAUGCUCCCCGCCCAAGGAUCCAGAAUUUAACAAUUCCGGAUGUCCUCAAAUCCGGAAUGUCAACGUCUAAUCUCCUAGAACUCCUUGGGCCUUUGUUCUCAUUUGCAUCGUACGAAUCCAACUCAAUCAGUGCUAGGAGCCUAGUUGAACUUGACUGGCGGAAUAUCCUCAUUCUUCACCGUAUACCACAACCGCACCGGUGCUCCAAGACGUGCAUCGCAGGAUUUCUAGCGUACGGGAACUCGUGUCAUUACAAACCUGAUCUCAAACUUUUGCGCACUGCCAAGUCAACUUUGACUAUCGAAGGCUGUGAGCCAUCGUUGACUCCGUCAGUCGAUAAGACACCUAAUUUGCUGGGAGUGCUAAUGACGACGUAG